CAGGAAAUAAACAAGAGGGCAUAGUAUAAAUGCCCUAUUAACUACUGCUUCUGAAACCCAGGAAAAUUACCUUGAUUAGUUCUUUAUUCAUUCCUCUCAAUUCCAAAGGCUUACAGGCUGUUAAAUUGUUCUGAAAGUGACAAGAGAAGAUGGCUGAGAUUGCAGUAUCCUUUCUCCUUGAAACGCUAGCUUCUUUCCUGCAAAAUGAGGUCCAGAGUUUGAAGAAUGAGUUCCAACUUCCGCAAAUGAUUUCAGAAGAGAUUGAGAGCAUCAUGGAUGACUUGCAGAUAAUGAAAGCAUCCGUGAGAGCUGUGGAGCUUGUGGAAGAGAACGAUCACGAGCUCAAAGAAUGGGUCAGGCAAGUCAGAGAGAUCGCCCAUGACACUGAAGAUGUCAUUGACGAAUUCAGGCUCCAAGCUCCUGCUCCAAACGAGUGCCCAAUUUGUGCUUUCUUUUGUAACCUCUGCGGCAGCAUCAAGGAACUUGAAGGUCGCCAUCAGAUCGUUGUUGAAUUACAGAAAAUCAGAGCCAGAAUCACAAGAAUAUCAACUUGGCAUCCGAAUCACCAUGGCAACCUCAGUACAUCCAUGCAAGGCUCAAGCUCUAGUACUGCAGGCGAUGCCCUUCUUCUAGACCGCACUUAUUUGGUGGGCAUUGAUGAGCCAAAGGAGCAAUUAAUCGGGUGGCUUGCUGGGGGCAAUUCUAAACGGAAGGUGAUUUCUAUAGUUGGAAUGGGAGGGUCGGGAAAAACCACACUGGCAAAGCAAGUAUAUGAUGAUGUCCGCGUCAAGAAGCAUUUCAAAGUACGUGCCUUCAUUACCAUUUCCCAACCAUGGAGGAAGGAGGAGUUCCCAAGAAGCAUUGUUCAGCAACUCUUUAGACCAGUUCCGGAAGGGAUUGACACUAUGAGCUAUGAUCAGCUCAGAGAAGUAAUUAAAUCCUUCUUGAAAAAUAAUAGCAUGCUGAAAGCGCUUGAAUUCUUUGAGAUGGAGGAGCUGAUCAACACCCUCCGUCCCGGAGUAGAUGGUGGAGAUUACUGGAGGGUUGCACGGAUUCCGGAGGUGUAUUUCACCUAUUGUAGGAAUGGAGAAUGGGAGGUGUAUUCCUUGGAGAGUUCCGGGGAUAUGGUGCUCAGUGAACGGGAAAAUGGGGAGUCUCAUGGGGAGGGCAUAGUGAAGAAAUGAAGAAUAAUGGGAAAAUACCUUUAUGGUACACUUCCUUUAUUUUUCUUCCUCGUUUAGUGAAGUAUAUAUUUUAAAUUUUUUAUAAAUGUAAAUACUCUAAUGGUAUUUAUUAUAAGUAUUAUGAAUGUUGAAAAUGUUUAUAAUAUUUUUUAAUGUAACAUUUAAAAUAAAUUUUUUUAUUAAUA